CGAGAGCGAUCGAAGUUAAAACGUGCUCGACAGUGAUCCAUACACGCUCGAGAGUGCCAGUGUUAGAAGGGGGUAUAAGUUAGACACACACGCAUGCGCGCUCGCAAGAAAAACUCACGUUACACGCACACAUGUCACAAAAGCGCGCACGCACAUACACCGUCUGGGAUUUUUCUCUCUUUCUGCAGACGGUAGGGCUCGUCCAACACUCCCAACACUCGCAGCUGGUGCCGACGACGAACAGGAGUGCACGUCCGUCCGCGGCCGCGGUGCGGGCCGUUGUGGCGGCAGUGGCUGCUGCGAACAGGAGCUGCUGCGCCGAGAGGAGGAGAAACAGAGGAGCCGUCGUCGGCGCUCACCGCGGAAAGAGGAGGAGGAGGAGGCCCGCCCCGAGAGACGCUCCUCGCCUUUUCUCGCCCUCUCCGCGCAUAAAAGCUGCCGGCUUCGACUUGCCGGGCUGCAUUCGGAGCGGGACCCGCGUGUGUCGUGAAAACGCGCACCGCACGCGCAACAAAAACAAAAAAAGAACGCAGCAACGUGCUGCACACCGAUGUCGUCCGCUGCACUAGCCCGUCGUCUCGCGCGUCAAGCCGCGGCCGGACUGGGCCGGCGCGCGCGCUCCAGUGACACCGCGGCCGCCGGCUGCCCAUUCCAUCGCGGCGGCGCGGCGCUGGAACCGGCGGCGCACCGCUCCUCCGCGGGAGCGGAGCAGGCGCCGUGGAGCGGAGCGGAACAGUACGUGUCCAAGAGGUCGGCGGCGCGGAAGCCCUUCACUUCGCUGCCCAGUCCCAAGGGGCUGCCCGUGCUGGGCACGGCGCUGGACGUGCUGCGGGCCGGAGGCGCGCCCAAGAUCCACGAGUACUGUGACCGGCGGCACCGCGAGCUGGGACCCAUCUACCGCGAGACGUUAGGCAGCGUGGACGCUGUCUUCGUGGCCGACAGUGCGCUCAUUCAGAAGGUGUACACCAACGAGGGCAAGUUCCCCAUGCAUAUGGUGCCCGAGGCCUGGCUCAUCUACAACGAAGUCAAAGGGAUUCAGCGCGGACUCUUCUUCAUGGAUGGCCCGGAGUGGAUCGACCGACGCCGAAGCCUCAACAACGUGUUCCUCAAAACCAAGACUGUCACGGACAACGUGCCCGUCUUCAACGACGUCAUCACGGACCUUUUGAAUCGGUGGCACGAAGCCCGCAACGACAAGGGCAUCUUGGAAAACGUCGAGCGUGAACUGUACAACUGGUCCAUAGAAUCGCUGGGUGCCAUGAUCUUUGGCCGGCGGCUGGGCUGCAUCGCGCACAACUCGAGCAUGGACAACGUGCACGAGUUCGUCCACUGCGUGCAGCAGAUUUUCAACGAGUCGGCCAAGAUGUCCAUGUUCUCGCCACGCCUCGCCUACCGUCUUCGGCUGCCCGUUUGGCGGCGCUUCGUCCGGGCGGCGGGACGGGCCCUCGAGCUCGCGAGGGACUACGUUGAGGAGAACGUGAAAGCAAUCGCCAAAGAUCCAUCGUCCGGUGCCCAGCACAACCAAGGCAUUCUAAGUCAACUCUUGCUGAACGAGAAAAUUUCGGAAGAAGAACUCGUCCGCAUCGUCACCGACCUCUUCCUGGCCGCUGCCGACACGACGUCACAUGCCACCCAGUGGGCGCUGUACCUUCUCGCCAAACACCCUGAGCAGCAGGAGCGGCUACUCCACUCGGUGCGUAGCGUGGUACCUGCGGGGCAGCCAAUCACAGAGGACUGCCUAGCGCGACUACCCUACGUCAAGGCGGUCAUCCGGGAGGCUCUACGGUUGUACCCGGUUGCACCAUUCCUGACGAGGAUCCUGUCCGACGAUAUUGUCCUGGAUGGAUACCACAUUCCCGCUGGGAAACUCAUCUUGAUGUCCCUGUACACGACGGGACGGGACGAACAGCACUUUUCGGAGCCGCACGCGUUCAGGCCCGAGCGAUGGCUGCGAGAUCGCGACCGCGCGGGCCAGGUGAACUCGUGGGCCUGCCUUCCGUUCGGCCUCGGCGCCCGCUCUUGCAUCGGACGCCGCGUGGCCGAGGUCCAGAUGCAGUUCCUCAUUGCACGGACGGUGCAAAAGUUCGAGCUGACGCCGAGCACCGACAAGGACGUCCAAAUCAAGAUGCGGCUCAUCACUACCCCAGAGGAGCCCAUCUCGCUACGGAUGACCCCUCGGUAGCGUCCCUGGUGUGGCUCGCCGACAGAAACGAGCGCGUCACAAGCGAUCCGAGUCGUCUGUGGCUUGGCGACGUCUACCCCGGCGCCACCGUCGGACUGAAUGCCGGCCGUCGUGGAGCGCCUGCCAGCACGACAUCCCGGAAGGCACCCGGCGUGCCGGUGGUCGCGUCGGCGUCACACGAGCUCGUUCUCUCGCCGCCAUGGGACGAGCGAACCGCCACUACCGCCAAAGACGAGGGCAGCCCAGCUGGGAUCAUGCCCGAAAACGCCACACACACACACACACACACACACACACACACACACACACACACACACAUACAAACACGGUGCCCGCGCGAGCGCGGCAUUGACGCCACUUCCGCUGGCCGGAAGUCAGGCCUAACGAGACUCCCUAUCUAUAUACGGCGUCGUGACCGCGCAUCACGAGUUGCAUGAGCCCUGCGUCACAACCAGACCUUUUGGCUUUUGCCGAUCGAUGCUCCUUGAACCCGUCGACCUGGCUGCGGGCGAGUGCAUUUGUUACCUGUGCUCGAACGAGGAGCAAUUACGGAGCCCUGGUCUCAGGCACACUACUUACGAAGGACGCAUUCUUUCUCUACAAGCAGUGCUGUAGUUUGUGUUUACGUCCAGAAACCGCGGUGAUGACCUAUUCGUUGUUUCUCUCGUGUAAAGCAACGUCAAAUUAUCGCCGGAAAGCUCAGUAGCACGCAGGGAAAGGGCUGUUUUUUCACGACACUUGUAUGGUCUCCCCUAUCGCCACAACUAAAAGGAUUGCAGCUAUAAAAGCAAAACAAGAGCUGCCGGAACUAAGUGCCUUCGUUGUGCACGGUAUGGCUGUCCCCUAUAUGUCCGCGUAACUUAUUCUUGAUCGAAUGACUGCGUCAUGGCAGGUUUCACAUCUAGCGAUACAAGUGCCUUCUUGCAGCCCGUCUUCCCUGAAAACACUCACCGGGCACUGAGCUUAGCCGACGCACACUGACGUUGCUUUCACUAAGCAAUAUGUGCCUCAUUCAAUAGCGCUUACUGUUUUUGCGUCCAUUUCUGUAAUGCACCGGAGUAUCUGCGCCUAGAACGCGCUAGGAGGCGUUGCAUGACAAGUUAAUAGCCGAUUUACCAAUAGAGGGUUGCAAACAUGUCCACAUAUUUACUGACCUUUAACCUUUUUCAUACUGGGAGCGCAAGUGCCCGCUCUUAACCAGUGUUGUUUAGUGAUGACCUUGACGAUGGCUAGUUCUGCAUACGCUCCUUUGAAUGGGUACUUCCCUCCAGGUUUCUUGCGAUGAACGAAACUCAUGCAUACUUGUUCAACACCACGAAAUUUCGAAGAAAUGCAAUACUAGCGUCUCUCAUUCCGAGCGUGUUGUUGCGAAAGAGCGCGCAUAAUUGUCCAGUAUCGUCACUGUGCGCGUUAAUGUAUUGUUCCAAUGAAUAUGUAUACAUUAACAGGUGAAAGCACUAGUCCGUUGGAGUCUGUUUGUGAUGUCUUGUGAACCAAGAUGGCGAAGAGUGACUGGUGCUAUUCGUAUGCCACAGAAUCCCAAAUAACGAUUUAUAACCACAAACGCAUGUUAUUUGUUCCUUCUCCUUUCUUUUUUUUUUUUUUUUUUGCCAGUACCUUUCACAAUACCCACUAACGACUCAAUUGUUACGAUCUCAUGCGUGUUCUUUUGAGAGGACAGCUCGCAGCCUUCAAUUGACGUUACUUGACGACAUUCUACCACCUCGCUCACUAAGGUUCAGGACGGGUCACGCCGGUUCAGAACCGUCCGGUUAUGCCGUUAAGUUCAAAACGCAAAGCGCCUUAAAAUGAGCGUUCUGUUCUGCGUUUCAUAUAUGCUGCCGCUUCCUGGUAGCUGAUAAUGAUCUCUCUUUAAAACUCGUUAGUUAGUAAAGUUGUUCGCCGUUUGAUCAGCCUUGAUUUGACUAGAGGCAAAGGUCUGAACACAAAAGAAAAGCCUUGGGCUCUAUGUAGUGUGUAAGAAUCCACUAAACAUUAGCUCUACUUUUUUUAAUACCUCCAGACGUCAGCGCGGGUAUCCGAAGCCAGCGAGUGCCGUUCGGCGUGUCUUUAUCUUCAGCAGCAGCAGCGCAGAUAAGCGUUGCUGCGUCUGAAGGUCGGACGACGUUAACUGCAGCAAAGAAAGUAAGAGAGUAGAAAAACGAAUUUCUCAGAAAUGAAUGCCAUCUGGGCCAGCUUACUGAGAAGACAUCGUUGUCCUUCACAACGAGUGGGUUGGAAAAUUACUACAGUUCCAUACAAAACCUUAGAAAUACUCUAACCAUAUUCAAAGACUACUAAAGUAUGCUUUCACGGCCUUUCCGAUACGAAGUAUUUGCGGUUCUUGUGCGUGGCAGACCUUUUCUUAACAAAGUUUAAUAGGUGAUCACAUGAAAGCUUUCUUCAUAAGGUCGUCACGUACGGUGUAUGUUUCUUCGGUAUUGACGUGGGGAAGGCACAUGAACGUCAUACGGUGGUUUCACUGUAAUCCUAAAAGCGGGAGGCUUUCCACACAUGCGCAGCAGCUUUCCCACAAGCUGAGCAUCUUAAAUGCUGACUACUGUUGUCCUCAUUUAAAAAUAGUAAAAAAGAAAAAAAAAAGAUGGCGUAGAAAGAAGCGCACAGCUUCGGAUCAUUCGUCACAAGCUUGCCAAGUCGUAUACUUGCCCGACGUGUUCGACAAUUUUGCGGGAGACCCGUUUCGUUUCCUUGUCGAUGUUUGUCCAUUUCUCGGUGUUUGUCGAGUAUUUAUUUCCUGACCUUGGUGUGUGUACACUUGAGGAGCCUUGAUCUCUACGGAGCGUUUUUGCGCUGACGUCUGUGUGUUCCUUGUUCAAUGUGCCCGUGUUUACACAAACACCUCUUGCGUCGAUCAAGCGUUCGUGUUAUCUCAUUCCCGUAUUACCUCCUUCGGUUCCUCGUUUAUCGGAAACAUCAAGUUUCUCGCUCAAGGCUGUCGAUGUGUGUCAAGCUUUGCGGCAUCACUAAUUCAGCAGGCAGCUCAGCUCAAGCGAUGCCGAUGCGUUGCCCUGAACUUUUAUGUCUUUUCUCUGACUUUCAUUCCUACGGCGUCGGUUGCCACAAGUCUCCACAUGACACUGGCAAGUUCUAUACAUAUAUAUACGCCUUUUUUACUUCUCAUCUCAGCAACUAACCACCUAAGAGUCACCACGCAUUCUGUCAUAACGUUCUUUCAUCGUCACAGAUUUUAUUGCACUGUAGACCUCGAAACAUACGCGCAGACACGUUAUUUUUAAAUUCUCUCACUUCAUCAUACAUUCUAUUUAUCUACUCAUCUUCAUACAUAUCAAUCAUAAAUUAAAACUCGCGACCGCAUGUGCAAAAUGUGUUUUUAAGGUUCUUCUUGGAAAUUUUCGGAACAGUUGUUGCCAACAUACACACACACGCAUGCACUGACACACACAGAAACACGUUUAAUGAGGCAAAUGUCUCGAACAACCCACCGACUUGAGUAUCACGCGCUCAGUGUUCAUCCUCUGUUUGUAUAGGAAGUUGCGACUGGUAUUGAAUAUGUCUUGUUAACCCGAGAUUCCUUGUGCGUUUACACAUAUUUUUGUACAGUUUUGAUGCCUUGACACUGUUUACUCUUGCCCACAGCUCUAUCAGGAGAUCAGUGCCACAUUGUACAAACUCUCGGGUUGGGGGUCAACCGUUGUCUGUCUCCUACAUCGCGCUCUGUGACCACUAACUUGUCGCGCCAGUGUUUUUUUCACUACAGAUGCCUGACACGUGCAAUCACAUUAUUAUUAUUUCCUUCUUGCAUCUGCUCACGUUUUACCCUCGUGUGAAAGAGAGCACUGUGAUUUUGUAUAAAUAUGAGCACUGCUUGCGCAGAUGCUACUUGCCCGUACGAUGCUGUCUGUACCUUAUUCACAGUGCCACAUGUCAUAUUAAGAUGCAAGGAACAAUCAAUGCACGGAACUGCAUGUGCACUUACACGGCGCUGUAGUCGGCCCAAUAGCCCGAGCAAUGCACCUCUCCACGCCACUUGUGUGCGCACAUAUUUUUUGUAUAAUAUGCGGUGUACAGUUUGCAGUGCACUGUGGUACUGUUGUGGGACAAAGCGCGUUUUUUUUUUUUUUUUCCUAACAUGGCCAGUCGACUUUUUUUUUUCUUCGGCGCGAAACAAACGAAUGAAAAUAAACGACCUUGCAUUUC